AUGUUUAAUCAUCCCUACGUCCCUAUAAUUGAGGACAUGUUGAAUCGUCUGUACGUCCCUACAAUUGAGGACAUGUUUAAUCGUCCCUACGCCCCUACAAUUGAGGACAUGUUUAAUCGUCCCUACGCCCCUACAAUUGAGGACAUGUUUAAUCGUCCCUACGCCCCUACAAUUGAGGACAUGUUUAAUCGUCCCUACGCCCCUACAAUUGAGGACAUGUUUAAUCGUCCCUACGCCCCUACAAUUGAGGACAUGUUUAAUCGUCCCUACGUCCCUAUAAUUGAGGACAUGUUGAAUCGUCUGUACGUCCCUACAAUUGAGGACAUGUUUAAUCGUCCCUACGCCCCUACAAUUGAGGACAUGUUUAAUCGUCCCUACGCCCCUAUAUCUGAGGACAUGUUCAAUCGUCCCUACAAUUGA